CCCGCACCAGGAUUCGGGGUCUCUCUCAUCCCGGGGGACCCGGGAGCCCGGCGGAAAGGGGGUCCCGGCGCCGCCGCCUCCGCGGGCGCCCGGGCGCGCGGGCGAGCGCGGGGCUUUAUGCGCGCAGGGCGGCGGGGGGAGGAGCCGGCAGGUCGGCCCCCGGCGGGCCCUCCCCUCGGCCGUCCCCGCCCGCCCGCCCGAGCGGGGUCGGGGGAGGGGGCAGCAUGGCCUGUCCGUCCGGCCCCCUUCGCCGCGCUCCUCAUCUGCCCCGCGCCGAGCGCCGCCGCCGCCGCCGCCGCCGCCGCUCCGCUGCCCGCGCCGCCCGCGGCUCCCGAUGGAGACUGACGCGCCCCAGCCCGGCCUCGCCUCCCCGGACUCGCCGCACGACCCCUGCAAGAUGUUCAUCGGGGGACUCAGUUGGCAGACUACGCAGGAAGGGCUGCGCGAAUACUUCGGCCAGUUCGGGGAGGUGAAGGAGUGUCUGGUGAUGCGGGACCCCCUGACGAAGAGAUCCAGGGGUUUCGGCUUCGUCACUUUCAUGGACCAGGCGGGGGUGGAUAAAGUGCUGGCGCAAUCGCGGCACGAGCUCGACUCCAAAACAAUCGACCCCAAGGUGGCCUUUCCUCGGCGAGCACAGCCUAAGAUGGUGACUCGAACGAAGAAGAUCUUUGUGGGGGGACUUUCUGUGAACACCACAGUGGAGGAUGUGAAGCAAUAUUUUGAACAGUUCGGGAAGGUGGAUGAUGCCAUGCUGAUGUUCGACAAAACCACCAACCGGCACCGAGGGUUUGGGUUUGUCACAUUCGAAAGCGAGGACAUCGUGGAAAAAGUGUGUGAAAUCCACUUCCAUGAAAUCAACAACAAAAUGGUGGAAUGUAAGAAAGCUCAGCCAAAGGAGGUGAUGUCGCCAACGGGCUCAGCCCGGGGCAGGUCUCGAGUUAUGCCCUAUGGAAUGGACGCCUUCAUGCUGGGAAUCGGCAUGCUGGGUUACCCAGGUUUCCAAGCCACAACCUAUGCCAGUCGGAGUUAUACAGGCCUUGCCCCUGGCUACACCUACCAGUUCCCCGAAUUCCGUGUAGAGCGGACCCCUCUCCCGAGCGCCCCAGUCCUCCCCGAGCUUACAGCCAUUCCUCUCACUGCUUAUGGACCAAUGGCGGCGGCAGCAGCGGCGGCAGCUGUGGUUCGAGGGACAGGCUCUCACCCUUGGACGAUGGCUCCCCCUCCAGGUUCAACUCCCAGCCGCACAGGGGGCUUCCUGGGGACCACCAGCCCUGGCCCCAUGGCUGAGCUCUAUGGGGCAGCCAACCAGGACUCGGGGGUCAGCAGUUACAUCAGUGCCGCCAGCCCCGCCCCCAGCACCGGCUUUGGCCACAGUCUUGGGGGUCCCUUGAUUGCCACAGCCUUCACCAAUGGGUACCACUGAAGCAGGGGACAGGUGGCAGGAGCGCCCCAGCCUGCAGCUGACAGAGGACCACGAGUGAGCCAGCGAGGGGGUGGGGACACCUCAGCCGCAGCCGCCGCCCCCUCCCCCUGCAGCGACUCGGAUGCUACUGCCUGCCCCCCACUCCCUGGGCCCCGGCCCCUGCCCUGCUGCCCCGACAUCCGUCUGGCCUCCCCUACUAACCUCCCCUUCUGCCCUGGCCCCCUCCCACCUGCCUCUGGCCCCUGCCCGCUUUUAUUUAUUUUGGAUUAGCCGGUCGCCCCUCCCCUGUGGCCCUCCCCUCUCGCGGGCCCCUCCUCCCGCCGCGCCCCUGUAGGACACGCCCCCAGGAAGGCUUUUGUAUUUGUGCAUAGCUAGAGUGAGGGCGGAGGGAGCCUGCCACAGGCCGCAGCCCCUACCCUUGUUUUUUAUUCUGAUUUUCCCCUCCUCUAUU